ACACAAAACUUACUUGAAAUUUUAGAUGAUGAAGUAUAUUAUGAUAUUGUCAUUGAAGUUGGUAAUGAACCUCAUGUAAAAUCCUUUCACGCUCAUAUGGUCAUCUUAUAUUAUCGUUCACCUUAUUUAAAAAGAAUUUUGUCAAUUAAUAAAAAGAAAGUUUAUGAUAAUUUGGUACAUAUUAGAUUACCUAAUAUUUCACCGGAAAUU